GCUGGGGAAUUUGAGCAGCAUUCAGUUAAUACAUCAGUUGAUCAGUGUAGAAUUCAGCAGCUCAUUCAGGGAAGUGACACAGAGCUCAGCCGGGAGUGCCGGGAGUUUCUACGUCGUGUGACUCCUCCCACUGCAAAACUGAAAGUAAAUUCCAUGUCCCUCGGCUGAACAGGGAAGUCGCCAUGAGAGAAAUAAGUUUGUGAUUAGGAAAUGUUCCCCCUGAGAACUUAUUAACAUAAGGGAUGGGACCCCCAAAGCUGCAGGUGGAACAGACCAUCAAUAUGGGGCCCCCCAGUUUCUUCUGGUUCCUACUGAUCUCUCUGUCACUGACAGGAACAGGUUCAUUAACAGUGGAAAUGGGGGAGUCGCCUGUGAAAUCCUUGAGGAAUAAAGAAGCGAUUAUCCCAUGUACUAUAAGUGACUGGGGCCCUGGAGACAUGAAUCUCCCCAAACUGUCAGUUGAAUGGACCCAAAUACUCUUGAAUGGAAGUGAAGAGCAAGUUUAUCUGUAUGUGUCUGGGACUCCCACCCCCACCCGGCCGGGAUCCUACAUAUCAGACAGUGAGAUUAUAAGAGGCAAUGUGGCACUUCACUUACCCCGGGUUCAGUUCACAGAUGAAGGAGAAUAUACCUGCACUGUCUUUUAUACCCCUAAUAAAGUAGUGGGACAUUCUACCCUGCAGGUGUCAGCUCCCCCAACUGCCAGUCUGACACCUACUGAUAUCACAAUGGAGCCUGGAAUGGAGAAGACAGUUGUAUGUAAAGCCAAUGAGUUUUAUCCCAAAGACAUAACUUUCCAUUGGAUAAAACACAUCGCUGGUUCCAGAGUUGGUCUGUUACAAGAAGACGGAGUCUCUUACACUCACCCAAAAAAGAACAAAGAUGAAACCUACAAUCAAACAAGUUUUCUGCGGAUUAACCCAACACUAGAAGAUAAUGGGAAUAUAUAUUCCUGUAAUGUGUCCCACAGAUCCAUGGAAACUGAUCUGCACUUCAAUCUCACUCUCUCUGUGACAGAUCCACCUGACCAAACAGGCACAAUUAUUGGAGCUGUGGUUGUAGUGAUACUUCUAGUCCUUCUGGGUCUGUCCAUUUGUAUCUACAUGAUGUUCUAUAAGAAAGAGCCCCCAGAACUUUCUCCCAUUACCGGAGCAGAACAUUUGGUGCAUAUGAACAGGGCGACUCUGUCCUGCCAGAUCUCUGAGUUCCGACCCAAACCCAUCAGAAUUACAUUGUGGCUGAAAAGAAAUGGGGGAGAAGAGUUGGAAAUUGACUCCUGGAAUUCGGAGACACAAACGGGUUCCUCUGCCCCAGUGUCACAUCACAGAGAGGAGCAGCGUGUGGUUAUUGUACCAGAGAGAGAAGGGUUAAUGAGAAAUGGGAAUGUGAAUAAUCUGCCCCCAGCACAGAGACCUCUGCAAGUGGAAAUGGUUCCUGUAACAAAAACUAGUAAAUAUAGAAGAAUUUCCUACUGCCAAUUCUUAAUCCAUAUAACUCCAGACAUAGAGGAAGAUGAUGAAGCAGAACUGACUGUGAGGGUCACUCACUCUGCCCUGAGACUCCCCAUCUCUGAGUCCUGUCGGCUGGAGGCCAGUGGAGUUCCUCCCAAAUUAUCAAAGAUUGUAUCCCCUCUCCGAAUCCUCCAUGGAGAACCCCUGACUCUGACCUGUCCCAUCUAUGGCUUCAAGCCAAAGCCGCUCCUUGUUACUUGGCUGAAAGUGGAUUCCAAUGGUCGGGAAACAGAACUUCUCAGCUGGGAUCAAGGUACCACCAACAUUAAUGAUCCCAAAUAUUCCCAUCAGCUGGCAGAGGAUGAGAGAGAAGAAGAUGAUAUGAAUUAUUUCUUAAGCAAUCUGACUCUGAGGCCCACAGUGAGGGCAGAUGAUGGAGCUCAGUACGUCUGUAGGACUCAUCAUUAUACAACAGAACAUACAGCAGAGAAACUUAUGGAAAUGCAGGUUUUAGCUGUUCCAGAGCUGGAUCCUAUACAGAUAUCAGCAGAGAUUCUAUAUGUUGGGGAAGAGAUGCAGUUGUCCUGCAGAAUCCAUUCCUUCCAUCCACAGACAUUGGAAUUUUCCUGGUAUAAAGAGGAUGAGAUGUUGGAAUCAUACAAUGAAACAAUUAAUUCUGAUAACCAUGGAUUGUUCUAUUGUACCAGUCGUACAACCUACAGCCCCUGUGUGAGGGACAUUGGGAAGAAGUUCAGGUGUGAGGUCUCUCAUCCAACUCUCCAAAACCCUAAAUGUGUUUCCUGGGAACUGAAACAUCUCAUAAGUGAGCCGAGGGUAAGUGCCAUAAAGUGUGACCCUGAGGUUCCUGGGUGCAACCAAACUACAACAUUAUUCUGUACUAUAGAGAAAUUUUACCCUAAAGACCUCAAAAUCCGAUGGUAUCGGGGGCUGGAAGUCAUCAAGUCAGAAAGUGAUCCAGAAGGUGCCAAGGAAGACCCAGAAUCAGGACUUUUCUCCAGAACCACAGAAAUACAGAUCAUUCCCACUAUUAAUGACCACGGGAAAGAAUUCCACAUGGAGAUAAUUCACAACUUCAAGAUCAACACAAAGGAUUUUACCAUGAAACUAAAAGGGCUGCCAGUUAUUGGAGAGAUCUUUUGCAAUAAGUAUCCCCCAAAAUAUGGGGAACCCCUAACCCUAAGCUGUGAGGUGAGUGGAUGUAAUGGCCGAGAUGUCACAGUGGAAUGGCAAAUGGGAAAUGAUCCAAUAACAAUGAGAGCAGAAACCCAAAUAAAAAGAGAUUCGGUCUCAUUCCUCCUCACACUGACGCCUACAGCAGAGCAUUAUGGGAAAUUAUUCACCUGCCUGAUAAAACACAAGGACCUUCCUGAACUGAUUAAGAAGAAUAUUUGUCUGAAGUUCCCAGCUCUAAAAGAAGUUGCACCAAAAAAAGAUUCAGCAGAAGUGGAUGGGCCAAUAAUCGUUCCAGCAGAAGUUUGUGAGAUUGAGUGUGUGACCCCCAACCCCAGGAAGGGACAGUCGCUUACCCUUCAGUGUAAGAUUAAAGGACAAGAUGUGGAACAUGGAGACUUUUCCUGGAGUGAUGGAAAGUUCCCCAUUAAGGAAAAUCUCAUAGACAACUCCAACCUCACUGAUGGCUCCGGCAGUAUCUCCAAGGUGACCUUCACACCUGAAGAUGAUCAUGGGGAAAUCAGAUUUGAGGCCACAUUUAACUUAGUAACCACUGAGAGAACCUUCCAACUGCCAUGGGUGGGGGAUUUGAGACAGGGGGUCUAUUAAAGCCCCUAUUUAGAACACUGAACCUAAAAAAACCCAUUUAUAUGUGAUGCUUGAUGUUCUACCAUGGACUAGAAAUGCCUAAAAGGGGAACACUACCCCAAAAUGUUUUUGUUGCACAAUGUGACAUGUCCGUGUCAUAUGAUGUCAAUGGUUUCUAAUGGGUUUGUGUUCCACCUGAGGAAGGGGUUGUUCCCCCAAAAGCUUGUGCCUCAUUUUUCUGCAAUAAAAGAGUUAAAGGCA